AUGGCGGAUGACUCACGAAGCUGCAUUUAGGACAGUUUUCCCGGCGAAAAAAGGCACAAAGAGGCAUUCGAAGCACCUUAUUUCUGUUUCAAUUAGUUACCUGAGGUAUUUAGACGGUAUUCCGAAAAAGUGACCCUCUAGCCGUCAGUUACCCUUUAAGUUUUACGAGACGCACCGGAAAACGAUCUCAGAUCAAAAUGAAACUGCUAUUAAUAGCAUGGGUUGUAGCUUCAGUCUUUGUGCAAGGAUGGUCGAUCACGUGCUAUCGUUGUGGUGGAGCUGCACCAAGUUGUGAGGGGUCUGGUAACGCGACAGUAAAAUGUGAUGAUUCAUCCAUGCCUGGUUCUGUGUUCGCUUGUCAAGUGUACACAGUCAAUUACACUUCAUAUGACACGAUCGAAGUGUUUAAAAGCUGCUGCUUGUACGAAGACUGCAACAAAGAUCCUUGUAAGGACUUAGGGAAAGACACAGUCUGCUCUAAGAUGGCCAGUUGUCAAGAAGAUAAAUGCAACUUCGACUACGACUUUGCCAAGGCUUCGCAGCCUCCAACGCUUCCCUCCGAGGCUAAUAGCGUUUCUACGGGAAAAGUCCUGGGAGCGACCCUUGUAUUGGCAGUUAGCUUUUCAUUGUUCAUUUAAGUAUUUCAUAACUUUUCUUUGGCAGGUAUCACUUAAA